AUGUCUAUGAUCUCCUUUGCUGCAUUUGCCUCUGGUUUUCUGAAGGUGCCUUCUAGCCGUCUUCCUUCUCCUCUGUUUUUGUCGUUUAGUGAGCAAAACGUGAAGGAGAAGAGAAUUGGAGGCGAUUUCGGUGUUGUGAGCUCAAUCCAAGGCCGUUCAUCGUCUAUUGGAGGCUUGGGUUCGUGUGGCGGCUGCUGCGUGGUGGUUUUGGCGGUGUUCUUCGUCGACUUUGUUGUGCUUCUUCAUCUCCCUUCGUUUUCCCAGUUCUUCGGUCGACACGAACCGGUUAACUCUGGUUAA